ACAACUUCCGGUUUAUAACCUUGAACUCAAGUCAUGUGACCAAGCCGGUUUGUUUCUCCAUUUUGCAUUGAUGUGGAUAUCAAAAGUGCAAAUAUAAACAUUUAAGGUUUUUCGGUUGGAUUUUAUUUGCAUUUUUGAGAUGUUUCGAAAGAACAGUAAAAAAGGUGACCCACAAGUGGAAUAUCAGUGCACCAUCAGAUUCCUGGAUGAUUCAGAACCGAUUCAAUUAUUUUUCAAGAAGGAUACACUGGGACAUUCUCUGUUUGACCAAGUUUGUGCUAAGUUAAAUCUGGUUGAAAAGGAUUACUUUGGACUUAGAUAUGUGGAUGCUGAUAAACAGAGACAUUGGUUAGAUCCUUUGAAGGCCGUUUAUAAACAGCUGAAAGAUAUUCUUAGACAAAGCACUGAAUCUUGGGGUGUAAAUCCGACAGUGCUAUGUUUUCGUGUGAAGUUCUAUCCUGCAGAUCCCAUGAAGUUACAUGAGGAAAUCACCAGAUACCAUCUGUUUCUACAGCUCAGAAGAGAUCUUCACCAUGGUAGACUGUUGUGUUCACCGGCUGACGCCAAUCUGUUGGCUACAUAUAUUGUUCAAUCUGAAGUUGGAGAUUAUGAUCCCCAGGACCAUCCACAAGGAUAUGUUACAGAGUUUAAAAUGUUACCUAAACAGAACUCAAGACAAGAAGAACAGAUUAUGGAACUACAUAAAACACUUAGUGGACAAGUUCCAGCAGAGGCAGAGUCUAACUUCCUGAAGAAAGCUUCCACUCUGGAUACAUAUGGUGUAGAUCCACAUCAAGUUAAGGAUCAGAAGGGGACAUCACUCUAUCUUGGUGUCACACACCAAGGUAUCAUGACAUUCCAUGGCAGUAGACGUACACAGUUGUAUAAAUGGCCACAGAUAAAGAGGAUUAUUUUUGAAGGAAAGAUGUUUAUUUUACAUGUCAGUACUACUGAGGAUGAAGAUCAAGAUAAAUCAAAGAAGCUAACUACUAACGCCUAUCUCUGUACAGGGCCAACAGAAAAACAGGCUCCAGUGGGAUACAAGUGUACCACAGCAGCUGCAUGUAAAUACCUGUGGAGAUGUGCCGUAGAACAACAACUCUUCUUUACGUUAGCUAAUUCUGUUUCUCCUCCAAAAGUGAAGUCUGGUGGAAAUAUCUUCUCCAGAGGGUCAAAGUUUAGGUUCAGUGGUCGAUGUCAACAAGAAGCUUACACAGCCAGUGAAAAAAUUGACAGAAGUGAACCAGAUUUAGUGAGGACAUCUUCAUUACCUAAUUACGCAAGAAAAGUGGAUUCUCGACCAAAUCUGAAUAAGUUUAAUACCAUUGGAUAUGGUAAUGCGAUCAAAGAAGAUAAAACUAAGAAAAGAUAUCAAGAAACCCCAAUUGAUGUAACUCGCAAAGAAACCAAGGAGAAGAGUAGCCCUGUCACAAACCUGGCUCCCAGUCCUAUUGUUGUUGCACCCAUGGCUGCCUCGGAAGAUAGCUCGUUAGAUGAAGUCAUUGAACACAACAAAGUUGUUCAGGUUGAAUCUGAACCCCCUAAGAAAAUGAAUGGGUCUGUUCCAACUCAUGUACUAGAAACAACAUUUGAUUCAAUGCCUAACUAUGAACCUGAACAAACAAUUCUAGAAGAUUCUAUUAAUAAUGUGGCAGGAUAUGACGAGUCGUAUGAUACUGAAGAAGAUGUGACGAAGUCUAGUUUAGAAGACCAGAUUAAGGAUCUAGAGGAUUACAUCAUUAAGAAAGAUAGUGAGCCACAACAGUCUAACCAUGUCACCAAGCAGGAACCAGUCAUGGAGGAAACAGUAGCACCAGUUAAGUCCAGUCGUAACCAGUCAGCACCGCCUGCACAGAAAGAGAAUGAUGUUUCACCUGUCACAGCUCAACCAGCCAAUCAGGUUGUAAAAGAAAAGCCCAAGAACGGAGGCGUUGGUUGUUGUAAAAUCUUAUUUUUCACAUUAUUCUUUAUUUUAGUGACACUGGCAGUUACUUUGAUUGUUAUCUUGAACUCAAACAUAAAACACCCAAUGGUGAGCGAACUUCGUAAACAAUUUAAAUUUAUUGAUCCUGUUAGAGACUAUAUCACUCACAAAGUUCAUGCCAUUUUAAAAAAGUCCUAAAUGAUGCAGACCUCACAUAUGAUGGUUGCGGGAGAUUUUUAUACAUUAAUUUGUCCAGGAAGAAGGUGCCUAACAUCAUUGCUUAAGAUUUUUUAUACAAAUGUGUAAACAUGCAAGAACAAAUAUUGUCAUUUUGCUUCAUUGAAGAAAAUAGGAGAAAAGAUCUGUGUAUUUUAAAGCAUUUUGUCACACACAUAAAUAUGUACUCAAACAUUUUCAUGUUAAAAAAUUGAUAUUGCUUUAUUCAUAUUUUUUAGAAGGUUACUAUAGAUUGUAUGUGUAUUAAACAAAAAAAUAAAUUAUUAUUUGAGUACUAUGCUAAUUUAAAUGGCUUGAUGAUUUUAUUUUUGAAAAUGCUUCAACUUGAAUAUUGUAGGUAAUUUUAACCUAUAUAGAAAACAAACUCAAAAGAAGCAGAAUUUUUCUUGUACUAAAAAAGGGUUGUAUUUUUCUGAGAUUUUAGUAUCGAAAAGAAAUAAAGGCAUUUAUUGUUGUAUAACUGUACUAAAUGCAUUUGUAUUGCUAGUUUUGGAGAGAAAUUUAACCAUUGAUUACCUCAAUUAAAUGGCAAGGUAGACUUUCAAAUCAUAUGACAUUACCGUAUCAACCAAAACCUUACUACUGGCAUUUUUAAAUUGUAACUAUUUGUCUUUUUAAACACUAUUUUUGAUAGGUAGUGGGAAUUCAAUUGAGAUAUUGAACAUAGAUGUGUCAAAAGAUUCGUAAUACAUUUUAUCUUUGGAUUUUUAUGUCUCUUGGGGAAACAAAGGUUGUAAUAGAUCAUUAAAUCCAGAAAAAAAAGGUCUCAAAUUUAAAAAAAAAUAUUUCUACGAACAAAUAGUUGAAGCACAGUUCUAUGAAAUAGAGUGUUAACCAUGUGCAAUGUGAAUAUACAUAUCAUUUUAUAGUAUAAACUUUUACUUGCUGUACAUCUAAUGAGCUUGGUAUUUUUUUUAUAUGAAAUAGUGUAUUUUUAAUUAUUUUAUAUUUGUUGUUGCUUUACUUUUGUUAUGGUUGCAAUAAUGUAUUUAUAGAAUUAUGUCUAUAGAGUCUAUUUAUAGAAUUAUGUCUAUAUAGUUGUUAUCCUAUGUAUACAUAUAUAUCUUCUUUACUGAGGCCAAAUAAUUGUACCAGGAGAAAUGAUCAGAUUGUUCAUUUAAUUUUAUAUUCUAUAUGUUGGUAUCUUUUGACUACUCGUUUACAUUUUCUUUAGACUUUCAAAAUUUUUGAGUACUUCCUCAAACUACAAUACUUUAAAUAAAAUAGAUAGGCUAAGGGUAAAAUUAACAAAACAUUUCAUGGUGCUGACUAAACAACCAGAUAUAUAUGCUUUAAGUGGUUAGGGGAGACAACUCAGUCAAUUUGUUUAAUUUUACAUUGUUGACUUGUAUGCUUUAUUGCACUUAAUUAUACAGUGUUAUUAAUUUUUCGUUAAUUUCAAAAUUAGACGACUAUGCUCUUGCGAAAUCAAUAUCUAAAUAAUAUAAGGAUGAUGUUAUUCCAAGAAUUUAUAUUCAUUAAUUAAUAUAAAAUGCAAAAUGUUUUUUUUUAAAUUUUAUUUAUUUGCAUGCAUGCUUAUUAUCCUAUUAAAUUAGAAUUUGUCAUAUGCAGAAACCUUUUAGUUUAAUAACUUAUCUAUAUAAAGUAUGUGGCAGAAAACCUGUAACUUAGGACUGGAAUUUUGAUAUUUAUUGAAAUUUUAUUUAGUGUUAAAUGGAAAGUAAAGGAUUGGUAUUAAUGAAAGAAAAUUAAGGUCUUCGUGAUUUAAGUUGGCAUUAUGGAUUAUUUUAUUCAAAUCUAAAAGUAUAAAGAGCGUGAUGAGGUAGAAUCCCCUUUAUAAUGUAAAUUUUGAUAUGUACAUCACAUGCACCUGUAAGAUAAGUUUUCCCUAUUGGGUCCCAAAUGUGAUCUGUAUGUCAGGCAACAAGACUUUUGAGGUGAUGAAGGGAUGAUGCAGUUGGCAGUCAUACUGAGGAUUUGGCUUAGCUCAAGACUUUAAUAUUGGAUACCACCACAAUUUGGAUCUAAUGCCAGUCUUUGCUAAGACUUAGCCAGAAUCCUAAAAAUUGGGUAUCAAAACAAUAUUGAUCAGAUGUUGGCAUUAUACAUGUACUAAAAUCUACAUAUUGGAAACUAUAUCCAAAGUUUGUCAGAUAGAAGUUUACCUCAAUCAACUUUUAUAUGUACAUCCUUGUAACCUAUUGGUUGUUUGUGGACAGAUGGCCUAAGUCAGAUUGUGUCUACUUGAUGAGUUGUCAGCUUUGAUAAAGUUAAAAGAUAAGAAUGUUGUCAGUUUUAAUAGAGGUUAGGAUUUGGGGAAUUCAUUAACUUCUCUGCAUCUGAUUUCAUUGUUUUGUCAUUUGGUAAAAGUUAAUAUAGUAAAUAUUGUUGCAGAACUUUUUAUUCAAGAGUUUCUGGCUAAAGUUACUAUACUUUUUGUAUCCGAAAAGUUGAAAAGACCUUAUUGGAGUAGAACUAUUCAUGACAGAAGACCUUUUUUUAGGCAGUAAUGUAUUUUGUUACUUUUCUGUCUGUACAUUAUAUAGAUAACUUACAUUUUCUAAGCACCUUGUGUGAUAGGUCUACUGUUUCUGUAACAAGUCAUCAUUGUUUCGCUUGAAGAAAAAAACAGGGAUGAUUUGCGGUAGAAAAUUUGAAUAUUAUUUUCGUACAAUAUAUUUUAUCUUCAUUUUGUUGCAGUGUGGAUUUAUCCUGCUUCAACUGUUUUGAAUUUUCCUUAUUGCUACUCAUUUUCUUAUACAUUGAGUUCAUAUUCAGUUUUUGAUUUUGAGAUUUACAAUGAGGAAUUAAUAUGUUCAUAAUUCCAUUUGUUUGAUUCCAAAAAAAGGAUCUAAAUAAACAGAAAGUAGAAAUGAGGAUAAAAUGUAAACAAUAAAACAAAAGAAUG